AUGGUCAAGAUGCGGAUCCCCAUCCGUGAACAAUUGGGCUGCUUGGUCCUGCUGGCCUCGACAGUAGGCCUGGCCGUCCUCGGAGUCGCAACAUGGCUUGCCAACCACGAGUUUGUGCUCGACAUACGAUCAACUCGCCUCACCCUAACCGCUUCCCUCAAGGCCGCACAGCUGUCGUCGAACCUGGCCCUCAUGCAGAUCCUCACCCAGCAAGCAGCAAACCGGCUUUCGCCGCAAUUCGCGCUCCGUCGUUUCUACGGUGGUAACAACACGACUGACAACUGGGCCCGCGUCGGCGAAGACUACGAUGCCAUCUUUUCCGGUGAUGCAAAGACUCGCGUCGCCGUCCAGGCCCGCAUCUACCCCUACAACACCUCUGCAACCCCCGUCUUUAGUCGCACUGCCCCUAGCAUGAUGGAUGUCGUGCUCCCCGUCCUCAAACCCGACGGCCAAAACGCAACCAUGGGCGACGCCGAAUACGGCUUCCUGCCUGACCUCUAUCCCAAGUUUACCGUCCAGUCUACUCCCUACAACUCGACGUUUGACCUGUACAAGGCGUAUUUUCAAGGCAGGACUAUUGAUAAUACCAGCUACCUCCUGCUCGGCCCGUACCGCGUCAACGCCACGCUCAGUCUGGUUUCCAUUACUGCGCCCAUCAUCAAUAAUACCUCCAAUAUCGACACGCUGGGUUGGGUCACGACUGUGCUGGAUGCCUCGCUCAUUACCAAUGUCGUCAAUGCCAUGGACGGUCUCGACAAGAGCGGUCUGACGCUGCUGUUUGGCCCCGAAAACGUCACCAACGUCUUUCCCGCAAACUACAUGUACACCGCCACGCACCCUACGCCCCCGGAAAAUGUCCAAGUGCGCUUCCUCGUCCCGCCAACCGACCGGGACAACAUAGAACGUCAUGGGCAGUAUGAUACGGCUCUCGACCCGCCGCCUUUUGACUGGAACAAGUAUCCUGCUAUCCGCAAGGGCUUCACAGUGCCGACGCAUGCGACUAGUAAUGCUGGUAGCAUCAUCUCGACCCACAACGAAGAGGGCGCCCAGGUAGCCGCUGGAUACGCAAUCGUCGACAGUCCCAUGGUCGACUGGAUGAUUAUCGUAGAGCAAACACGCAAGGAAGUCUACGAGCCCAUCAACCGCCUUCGCAACAUCAUCCUCGCCUGCGUGUUUGGGACACUUGGUGCAAUGCUGCUUGUCACUUUUCCCGUCGCGCACUAUUCCAGCCAGCCCAUCAGAAGACUACGAGACGCUACUAGGAGGACAGUGUCGCCAACGUACGACGAUGAUUUUAGCUCGCAGAAUGAAGUUGUCCAUGACGACGUGGACCAUGCAGCACUGGCUCGCAAAGAAGGCUUCCUUGGCCAAAUCAUCCACUACCGGCGAAACGCCAAACUCAACAAAGCUGAGAAAAGGGAGGCAGAGAGGCGUAGGCAGUUUCGCAUCCCCAGCAAAGUCAAGGACCGCAAGCACUUUAUCCACGAUGAGCUCACCGACCUGACCACCACAUUCAACGAGAUGACGGAUGAGUUGAUGAUGCAGUACGAGAAGCUUGAAGAGAGGGUCGCGCAAAGAACGGCAGAGUUGGAGCAGAGUAAACGAGCUGCAGAGGCUGCCAACGAGAGCAAGACUCUCUUCAUUGCAAACAUUUCGCAUGAGCUCAAGACGCCGUUGAACGGCAUCUUGGGCAUGUGCGCUGUUUGCAUGUCAGAGGACGACCCUGUCAAGCUGAGGCGAUCUCUAGGCAUCAUUUACAAGAGUGGAGACUUGCUUCUGAACUUGCUGACAGAUCUUUUGACAUUUAGCAAGAACCAAGUCGGACAGCAGCUGAGCUUGGAUGAAAAGGAGUUUCGCCUGCGAGAUAUUAGCUCCCAGGUUUUGGCCAUUUUCGAAAAGCAAGCACGAGAGAGCGGUAUCGCGUUGGCUGUAGAGUUUGAAGGCCCGUAUGAGAACAAUCUGGACGACAAUGAACGGCCCAACGAACUGCGUGACCUGGGUCCUUUUGGGCUUGGCCGACUGAAAGACAUGAUUCUGUACGGCGACCAACAUAGGAUACUCCAAGUGGUUAUCAAUCUGGUGUCCAAUAGUCUCAAGUUUACCCCUCAAGGCGGCUCCGUCACGCUCACAAUUCGAUGUCCUGGGGAGACCCAAAUGUCGGAGAGCCGCAAAGCCUCGAUACAAUCACGACAGAGCUCGACGCGCAACUCCAAGAAUCGCGUCUGGGCUUCUGCAUCCGAGAUUGGAUCCGUUUCGGUAGCAACGCCGAAUCACUACGAUACUGCUAAUGUCAUCAACGUCAUGGACAAGGGCAAUGCGUACUCACACUACCUGGUUCAAGAGCGGGCUGCGACGCCACCACCGGGACGCUGGCUGUCGUUUGAAUUCGAGGUCCAAGAUACCGGCCCAGGUAUCCCCGAGCAUCUGCAUUCCAAGAUUUUCGAGCCGUUUGUCCAGGGCGAUUUGGGGCUUAGCAAGAAGUUUGGAGGCACCGGUCUUGGCCUGAGUAUCUGCUCGCAACUUGCCGGCUUGAUGAAGGGCACGAUUGGGCUGAAGAGCGAGGUGGGCCACGGAAGCGUCUUCACCAUGGUCAUUCCACUCAAGCACCUGACGAGUCGAGCCGACAGCACGGCAAGUUCCAGAAACAUCAACAUUGAAACAGGGACCCCGCGGCGAAGUCUAUCGAUCGACGAUCCCCCGCGUGGACGGUCCCAUGAUGAUGCGCGGUCGGCCCGCUCGUUACGCUCCGGGGCUAACAGCCCUAUCAGCAUGCCUAAUUCGGCCGCAACCGCCCCGCCGGGUCCAGUAUCGUUUGAGACUGACAACCAGCCCCGUCUCGUUGGUCUCAGCCAACCGUUUUUCGCUUCCAACAAGCCAUUGGACUCGCCAAACUCACAGGUGGCUGCCAUGAAGCGGGUCGAGGCGGAAGCCACCAAACGCGGCGACAAGGUCAAGGUGUUGGUUGCCGAGGACAACAAAACCAACCAGGAAGUCGUUCUGCGCAUGUUGAAGCUUGAGGAUGUCUACGACGUGACUGUCGCCAAGGACGGCCAAGAAGCCCUCGACAAGGUCAAGGAGAGCAUGGAGCGCCAGGCUCCGUACAACCUGAUUUUCAUGGACGUCCAAAUGCCCAACCUCGAUGGUCUGCAAUCGACACGCCUGAUCCGCCAAUCCGGCUUCUCAGCCCCGAUUGUCGCGCUGACGGCGUAUGCUGAGGAAAGCAACGUGAAAGAAUGUCUGGAUUCAGGCAUGGAUUUUUUCCUCUCCAAGCCCAUCCGCCGCCCUGCGCUCAAACACGUCUUAAAAACAUACUGCUCUACCAUCCCUGAAGAAAUGGAAACUACGCCUCCACAUACUGCCGCUACUACUACUACCGUCGACUCGAAGGCAAACGGCUCACCUUCAAGUCCAAAAUCCCCGACGAAGAUGAAGGAUACGAGUCCUUUUUCGGCGGUUAAACAGAAAGCUGAGGCCCUGGCUGCGGCAGAUUCGCCGUCGAUAUCGCCAAUGACAUCGCCGGUUUCAUGA